CUAAAUUAGCCAUCUCGCUCUGUGCAAGCACCCCUUUGUCUUUCUUAUUGAAAAAAAAAAGGUAGCUCAUGUUUUAUAUUUCCUCUUCGACCAUCUCCAAAGACCACUAGCCUGCUAGCCUAUCCCUUUCUAAUCUUCCUUUGCCGUCACUUGCUCUCUCCAUCCAUCUCCUCUCUCCUCAACACAUUGGGUUCCAUCUUCUCCUCCCUCCUGCACCUCCACUCUCUCCGCCCCCCUAAAAUAUAUUUUAGCCCACAUGAGAAAGCAACAUCAACAAGGAUAAACAACCACAAAUACCAUAAGGAAGGAAAAGAACACCUCGCCUCAGCUGCUUUCUUUUCUUCCCACCCCACACAUCCCAAAAAGCAAAACCUCAUUCUUUACUCUCCUCCAAGAAAACAAGCACCACAAACCCUACACAAACGCACACACUCUCUUCUUCCGAUCCUCUUCCUCCGAUCCUCUUCCUCCGAUCCGGCCUAUUAUCAUCAUCACAAGCACCACUUCUUCUCUUGCAUCUCCAAUUUCUUAAUAUUAUCGAGAAUGGCAGGACUGGAUUUGGGAACCAACUCCUACCUCCACCAUCACCAGCAGCUUCACCUCCGUCACGAUGACGGUGCCGGAGGAUCCGACGACGGCCAGGACGCGCUCUCGCCGGGCGGCGGGGGAGGGAGCGCAGCCGCAGGGGCUGGGAUAGGCGGCAGCGAGGUCGUGGGGCGCCGCCCACGCGGCCGGCCGCCCGGAUCCAAGAACAAGCCCAAGCCGCCAGUGAUCAUCACAAGGGAGAGCGCCAACGCGCUCAGGGCGCACAUCCUCGAGGUUGCCGCGGGGUGCGACGUCUUCGAGGCGCUUACCGCCUAUGCGCGUCGUCGGCAGCGCGGCGUCUGUGUACUAUCGGCGGCGGGGACCGUCACGAACGUGACUCUCCGGCAGCCACAGUCCGCCCAGAGUGGGCCAGCUUCGCCGGCGGUGGCCACGCUCCACGGAAGGUUCGAGAUACUGUCCCUUGCCGGCUCUUUCCUCCCGCCUCCGGCGCCUCCAGGGGCCACUAGCCUCUCGGCCUUCCUAGCAGGAGGGCAGGGUCAGGUGGUCGGUGGGAGCGUUGCCGGUGCGCUCGUCGCGGCCGGGCCGGUGGUCGUCGUUGCCUCGUCGUUCAGCAACGUGGCGUACGAGAGACUGCCGCUGGAGGACGGCGACGAGGUGGUGCCUACACCGCCGCCUCCGGGGAGCGACCAGGCCGGCGGUGGCAUGCCGUUCGGUGUUGAGCCGUCGGGGGGCUCGGCAGGAGCUGGGCUCCCGUUCUUCAACCUGCCGAUGGGCAUGCCGCCAAUGCCCGUGGACGGGCACAACGGAUGGCCGGGCGCUGCCGGUGGCAUCGAGAGGCCGCCGUUCUCGUGACGGAUCUUGGCCGGCGGUGAGGACAGCAGCUGCGUCCGAGGACACGGACAUGUACAACAACAGUUAGCCUCUACUUCUUAUCACGGUCGAUCGAUUAUUUCUUUUUCAUUGUGAUGAAGGAAAUCUCCUGAUAUUUUUGGCGUUAACCUGAUAAAUUUGGUUGGUGUUAAUUUGCUGAUCCCUGUUUGUUUAAUUGGAAUAUAUGUUGCGAGAACGUGCACUCAUAAAUUCACCAAUUUAAAUUA